GUUGCUCAGAGCGGGAAAAGUUGCAGACUGAGAUGGGUCAACCACCUCCGGCCUAAUCUCAAGAAGGGUCCGUUUUCGGCGGAUGAAGAAAGUCUCACAUUGAAUUCCAUUCAAAGCACGGCAAUAAAUGGCUCGUAUGCGUCCCUGCUACCUGGACGGACCGACAACAAAAUAAAAAACUUUUGGAAUACAAGAAUUAAAGGGACCCAAAAAGCAACGUUGCCCGUAUACCCGACGAACGUCUUGUACCCUAAUAAUCACUUACAGCGGCGGCAACCGUACGAUGUUUACUCACGAUUUAGCCCCUAUUCAAUUUCGUGUGGCCAUUGUAACUAUCCGACUUUGCCCGGCUUAACGCAGCACCGUGGUGGCUCGUUCCUCUCGGCUUACAGUUCCUCCCAAAACACAGUAGCAGCGGCGACCGUAGCAGCGGAUUUUCUGGGGAGGGCAACGCCAGAGCCAACAGCACAAAGCGUUGCCGGUAAUGACGUAAUUGCACCACCUGAACAAACAGAGGGCUCGUUUAAUUCGCUUGGUGAGACAAGUGUAAUUGGAGACAGCCAAACAAGGCCUGGAGCUGAUAAUGCGGCCGCGGAAGAGGUGACAAAUGGUGGUGGCAUGGUGGAAGUCCACGGCAGCGCAGUGGAAGAUGUUGCCGGAACUGGCGGCGAGGGUUCAGCUCCUGGUCAACCUUCCAAUGAUAUUACAAAUUAA